GCACAGCUUUGUAGCAACAUGGAAUAAUCCACCACGACCAGGCCACCCAGCCACAUUCACACGCUCCCUCCACCCAGUUUCUGUUCUUCUUCUUCUCCUGCAGCUUUCACUUUCACCUCUCUCUCUCCAAUGAAGGACAAAACAAUAAGGACCUUCGCGACCGUGCAAUCCGACCCUUUCCCAUGAAGCCACCACUCGCCUCUUGCGCGGCAAUCAUCACCUUCCUCAUCGCCGCCACCUCUCUGUCACUUCUCGUCUCCAGCCUCGGCUCCGGCUCCACGCUCGCCCUCAGCUACGGUCCCAACACAGUCACCGUCUGCGGCAUCGCCGCCGGCGAGCCGAACCAAAGAAUCCAAUGCUACAAAGACGGCCGCACCCUUUUCCUGGAACCCAACAUCUCCUACGAGUCCGUCUCCGGCGGCCUCCACCUCAUCUGCGGCCUCACCUCCGGCGGCUCCACCCUCCUCUGCUGGGACACCACAACCUUCCGAGCUAAGCGUGUCCACUACAGCUCCUCCGGCCGCUUAAAUGACUUAUCUGUCGGCGACUCUCAGGUCUGCGCCGUUCAAGCCGGUGACGGCACGGGACUGUGCUGGAGAUUCCCAUCACCCGAGGUAUCAUGGAAGUUCGGUACGCUCACUUCCGGCGCAGGGUUCUCUUGUGGAAUAUUAAAGAAUACCAGAAGAGUCAAGUGUUGGGGUAACGAAAUUGGAGCUGAGAUUCAGAACCAGUUUAGUGAUCUCGCAAUGCUAAGCAUAGUUGCAGGUGAAUCUCAUGUUUGUGGAGUGACAAAAGCUGGGAAUUUGAUCUGCAAAGGAAGCAAUGCCAGUGGCCAGCUUGAUGUUCCUUCUCAUUUGCCUUUUGAGUUCUCUGGCUUUGCAUUGGGCCCAAAUCAUAGUUGUGGAAUUCUAAGGAAAAAUGAGUUGGUGGUUUGCUGGGGAGGAGGGUCAAAAAGAUCAGAAUUAGCAAGCAGUGUAGUAAAAUCUAUUUCAUUUGAGGCCCUAGAAGCUGGUGUGGAUUUCACUUGCGGGUUAACAACCAAGAAUUUAUCAGUGAUUUGUUGGGGGGCUGGUUGGCCCGGUGGGCUUAGUUCAGGAACUGUGCUUCCACUUCAAAUGGUGAUUCCGGGUCCUUGUGUCGAAGCUUCAUGCAGCAUUUGUGGCGUGUUUCCAAACUCAGAGAGUCUUUGUGCUGGUUCUGGCAGCAUAUGCAAGUCCUGUGACACUGAGCUCCCAAUUCCAGCUCUGCUUCCUCCAGUGCCACGAUCAUCACCACCAUCCCAAGCUUUGCAGCCCCUCUCUCCUCCACCAGGAGACCAAAACAGGUUUUUUUGGGCGUUUGGCAUUGUGGGGUCAGUUGGGGUUCUUGCUGGGAUUUGCAGUUUGGUCUAUUUCCUGUGGAGGAAUGGUCUUUGUGGUUUGUUGGAUAAGAAAAUUGACGAUUCUGUGCAGCCCACAACUGGUAAGGUCAAUGUGGCUGCUGCCUCGGAAGCUAAUGGUGGUUCUAAGGUUCCUCCUCGGACAUCAAGCUCCUUAAAGCGGGAUAACCUGGCGUCGUUUAGGCGCCAAAGGAGUGGAACUUCAUCGCGACACAGCGACAGGGCGCAGAAAUUUUCCCUGGCAGAGCUGUCUGCCUCCACCAAGAAUUUUUCAUCGGAUAAUAAGAUUGGUGGUGGGAGCUUUGGAACAGUUUACAGAGGCAAACUUGCUGAUGGCCGUGAAGUAGCCGUUAAAAGGGGUGAUACAGGUGCUAGAAAGAGGAAAUUCCAAGAUAAAGAAAGUGCAUUUGGUUCAGAAUUAGCAUUGUUAACACGACUUCACCACAAGCACUUGGUGGAGCUUCUGGGAUUCUGCCAAGAAGAUGAAGAGAGGCUUCUGGUUUAUGAGCACAUGAGCAAUGGUGCCCUAUAUGAUCAUCUGCAUAACAAGAACAAUGUUAAAAACAGUAGCAGCGAACUGCAUUCUUGGAAAAUGAGGAUCAAAAUCGCGUUGGAUGCUGCCCGGGGAAUUGAGUAUCUUCACAACUACGCAGUGCCGCCUAUUAUACACAGAGACAUCAAGUCCUCAAACAUACUUCUGGAUGCGAAUUGGACAGCAAAAGUGUCCGAUUUCGGAUUGUCAUUAAUGGGUCCAGAUUCUGAUCAAGAGUUCCCGCCAACCAAGGCAGUUGGGACAGUUGGAUACAUUGACCCCGAGUACUAUGUACUGAAUAUUUUGACUGCUAAAAGUGAUGUUUAUGGUUUAGGAGUGGUGCUAUUGGAGCUUUUAACAGGAAAGCGAGCGGUGUUUAAGGACGAGGGAUCAAGCCCCAUGGGUGUGGUGGAUUAUGCCGUGCCCCUGAUAGCGGCCGGGGGACUAAAAACUGUCCUAGACAAGAGGGUUGCGCCGCCUGCCAUGAACGAGGCCGAGGCGGUGGAGCUGGUGGCUUACACAGCCCUGCGGUGUGUCAACUUGGAGGGCAAAGAGAGACCCACAAUAAAUGAGAUUGUGGUUAGUUUGGAGAGAGGUCUGGCUCUUUGUGGGGAAUAGCAUAGCGUUUCUAGCACCAAAGCUGGCUUUCUUUUCCUUGCCAACGAGAAUUCACCCACAAGGAAGAACUAAGAAAGCAAUUUCUUUCAAUUCUUUCUUGAUUCUUUCUUUAUCUUCUCACAACACCCCCCCCCCCCCCCCCCCCCAAUUUCUUUCCGUAUCCAUUUCUCUUUAUAGUUGGGAAAAUUGUCCUGGUGCAAGCCAUGAUUUUUGUGGCUGCAUCGCUCUGUUGAAAUGAAGGGCUUUGCCUAAUUCUUUCCAUUGCUUCUCUAAUUUGUCUCUACCACAAAGUGUAGCUUUCAACACUGAUGAGAUGAGAGGAACCUGCGAUUGCAUGUGCCUCAAUAAUAUGCCUGAGCCACCAUGCAAAAGAUCCCAAGCAAAAAUGAUGAGCAAUGGUUGGUAAAGCGUGCAAGUGUGCAAGUUCUAGUGCCCUAAUUUCAAUGUGACAACCUGUUUUACAUAGAAUAGAUCUCUAGAAAUAUUUCUAGGAUACUCUGUCCCAGAUUCCUUGUGUAUUUUAUAAUAGGUACGGAUAAG